CAUCUCGUCAAACAAACAUCUCGUCAUCGCGACAAACUUGAACGACGACAGCUUGACAAUAUAACCGUGACGGCUAACUCGAGUGCCGUGAAUAUUCGCCUAAAGAUUGGAAACUAUUGCAAAGUUCCAUCGGACAAUGAAUUGCAAUCAGGAUACAAUGCAAGCCUUAAAUCCAUCGAUUUCGCCACCCUCGAGCCGGCUGUGUUCGGUCCAUCUCAAUACCAAGAAGUGCUACUUCGUCUGAAACGUGCAAACGAACAUCUUGCCAAAAAUCUCAAGUCUCAAGCAGGAUUUGAUCAUAUCGCCAGAGAAAUAUUUUAUACAGAAUCACUUAAAAUAGGGAACUAUGACUACAUACCUGGCGGCAGAUGGCGCCCGUCCGAUUGUCUUCCUAAAUGGAAGGUUGCAAUAGUUGUUCCGUUCAGGGAUCGGAAGGUCCAUCUGGCAAUCCUCAUAAACAAUCUGAUUCCAUUUCUGCAAAACCAAAAGCUAGAAUUUGGAUUCUUCAUCGGGGAACAGUCUAAUAACUUGCAGUUCAACCGAGGACUGAUGAAAAACAUCGGCUACCGGGCUGCGACCCUCUUCGGGGACUGGGACUGCGUCAUUUUUCACGACACCGACCUUAUCCCGAUGAAAGGCGAAAACUUCUAUGGGUGUAAUGGCUUCCCCCGUCAUCUUGCAGCUUAUACUGAGCAAUUAAGAUAUCGAAUGCCGUAUGAGGACAUCUUCGGCGGCGUUGUCGGACUGACGGCCGAGCAGGUACGGCUGAGCAAUGGGUACUCCAACGCCUACUGGGGCUGGGGAGGCGAAGAUGACGAGCUCUCGGUGAGACUGAAGCGGAAGGGCUUUCAAAUCACUCGAGAAACGGAGCACGGCUACUACAGAUCGCUUCAUCAUAAAGAAAAACAAAAAACACAACUGUGCCCAGAAGUGGACUGCCUCUACAACAAUUUCCAGAUGCGAGCAGACUGGGAAGGCAUCAAUAAUAUGACAUACUCGGUGGAUAAUCUCGAGCUAUUUCCUCUGUAUACCAAAAUAUCGGUGGAUAUACAGAAAGAGGCCUGGAACAGCAAUAUGCCACCUUGCGAAAAGUUCUCAAACCACGAAGAUCAUAAUCAUGAUAAAUAA